AUGCAGCGAGCUCUCUCUGCCAGGACCUCGGUCCUCUCUGCUGCUUCCAAGCGCACCCCCUUCUACAAGCCUGCUGGCCUCAACCUCCAGCAGCAACGGUUCGCCCACAAGGAACUCAAAUUCGGUGUCGAGGCUCGCGCUCAACUCCUCAAGGGUGUUGACACCCUUGCUAAGGCUGUCACAUCCACCCUUGGUCCCAAGGGUCGCAAUGUCCUGAUCGAAUCUUCCUACGGCUCCCCUAAGAUCACCAAGGAUGGUGUGACCGUUGCCAAGGCCAUUCAGCUCCAGGAUAAGUUCGAGAACCUCGGUGCUCGUCUCCUCCAGGAUGUCGCUUCCAAGACCAACGAACUUGCUGGUGACGGUACCACCACCGCUACCGUCCUCGCCCGUGCCAUUUUCUCCGAGACUGUCAAGAACGUCGCUGCUGGCUGCAACCCCAUGGAUCUGCGUCGUGGUAUCCAGGCUGCUGUUGAGGCCGCCGUAGACUACCUCCAGCAGAACAAGCGUGAUAUCACUACUGGCGAGGAGAUUGCCCAGGUCGCUACCAUCUCCGCCAACGGGGACACCCACGUUGGUAAGCUCAUCUCCACCGCCAUGGAGCGUGUUGGCAAAGAGGGUGUCAUCACCGUUAAGGAGGGUAAGACCCUUGAGGAUGAGCUUGAGGUUACCGAGGGUAUGCGCUUCGACCGUGGAUACACCUCUCCCUACUUCAUCACGGACGCCAAGUCACAGAAGGUUGAAUUCGAGAAGCCUUUGAUUCUCCUUUCCGAGAAGAAAAUCUCCGCUGUCCAGGACAUCAUUCCCGCCCUUGAGGCCUCAACUACUCUCCGCCGCCCUCUCGUCAUCAUCGCUGAGGACAUUGAGGGUGAGGCUCUCGCCGUCUGCAUCCUGAACAAGCUCCGUGGCCAGCUUCAGGUCGCUGCCGUCAAGGCCCCCGGCUUCGGUGACAACCGCAAGAGCAUCCUCGGUGACCUUGGUGUUCUCACCAAUGGUGCCGUCUUCACCGAUGAGCUUGAUAUUAAGCUCGAGAAGCUCACCCCCGACAUGCUCGGUUCCACUGGUUCCAUCACCAUCACCAAGGAGGACACCAUCAUCCUGAACGGCGAGGGCAGCAAGGACUCCAUUUCCCAGCGCUGCGAGCAGAUCCGUGGUGUCAUGGCUGACCCCACUACCUCCGAGUACGAGAAGGAGAAGCUCCAGGAGCGUCUUGCUAAGCUCUCUGGUGGCGUUGCUGUCAUCAAGGUCGGCGGUGCCUCUGAGGUUGAGGUUGGUGAGAAGAAGGACCGUGUUGUUGAUGCUCUCAACGCUACCCGCGCUGCCGUCGAGGAGGGUAUCCUCCCCGGUGGUGGUACUGCUCUCCUCAAGGCCUCCGCCAACGGCCUUGAGAACGUCAAGCCUGCUAACUUCGAUCAGCAGCUUGGUGUCAGCAUCGUCAAGAGCGCUAUCACUCGCCCUGCCCGCACCAUUGUCGAGAACGCUGGCCUUGAGGGCAGCGUCAUUGUCGGCAAGCUGACCGACGAGUUCUCCAAGGACUUUUACCGUGGUUUCGACAGCGCCACGGGCGAGUACGUCGACAUGCUCGCUGCUGGUAUCGUUGACCCUCUCAAGGUCGUCCGCACCGCUCUCGUUGACGCUAGCGGUGUCUCUUCUCUGCUCGGUACCACCGAGGUUGCCAUCGUUGAGGCUCCUGAGGAGAAGGCUCCCGCUGCUCCUGCCGGUGGCAUGGGUGGUAUGGGCGGCAUGGGCGGCAUGGGCGGCGGCAUGUUCUAA